UUUGCUUUCACUCAUUUCUUUCGUUGAUUGAAAUUGGCAUAUUUAGCUCAUCAUCAUCGUCCUCGUCGUCGAUGAUCAGCUCUAUAUAUUGACCUUCCCCAAAGUUAAUUGAUCGAACCCUCUGAAAGGAAAUGAUCCAUUGAUGCCCUCAAACCCUAUACACCCCCUAUAAAACAGAUCCCGGCUCUUCUGCUGAUCGAUAUCUCAUGUCAGAACCUUUGAGCAGCGAAUUCGUUUGUCAGCCAAAGAGUUUGAGCCCGGUGAGGUGACUAUAAGCUAUAUAUGCACAAGAUCCAGAUCAAAGGUAGGUUGUUUCCGAACUUAAUACGAGAGACUCCUGAACUGAGGAUGUGCUUUAGGUCCGCCGUCCAGCAAGAUCGAUCAAACUAAUUAGCCAAGAAUUCCAGCUGCAUUAAUAUCGGGAUAAUAAUGAGGAACUCGUUUCUUCCACCACUAUCCCCUCAGGCUCUCAGCUUCGGGAAUAACGAGUUCCGAAUGCCAAGUAUGGACAUCUCUUCAAUAGUGGACAACAAAAUAAAUGGCCAUUCGGACAGCCUCUGGAGCCUGCCCAGAUUAUUCAACGAUGAGGAGAUGAAAGGGGCAAACUUUGGUAUUAAUUAUUUUCAGCCCAUCGUGAUCAGUCCCCCAACAGGUUAUAGAAACAUAUCAUGUGACGGCGUCAUUGGUUUCGAGCAGCAACAAGGGCAGAGCAAGAAGCAUUUUCUUGGAACACCUCAAACGGCCCAUAUAAAUGAGAGGAAGUGCCCGUUAGAAGCAAAAGAACACAAAUCAGCCACAGCAGAAGAGAACAAAGCGCCGAGUGAGUGGAAGAACAAUAAGAGGAAAAGGAGCUCAUGUUCUUCGCGACAAUUUCAUCCUCAAGCCAAGAGGAUUUCAAUGGACCUCCGCGAGAACACUGAAACAGUGCGGAGGAGCCAGAAGAUAGGAGACAAGAUCACAGCUCUACAAAAGUUGGUCUCUCCAUAUGGCAAGACUGACACUGCAUCAGUCCUCCAAGAAGCCUCUCUGUAUAUCAAGCUGCUCCAGGGGCAAAUUCAGCAUCUAUUUCAGAUGCUGAGCAGCUCAUACAGCAGUAUCAGCCCACUUCAGCUACAGGAAAACGGGAAGAAGCAGAUUGACCUUAGAAGCAGAGGGCUUUGCUUGGUUCCUGUGUCAUCUAUCCAAGGAGUGACCAAGGAAACCAAAGUUGAUAAUCACUCCAUUCAUCACUAUUCUCACUAAGCAGAAAUUACCAGAUAGGAGUAUUUACUGGGAAUUAGAAGAGCAGCUAAGAAAUUAGAAGAGAUUAGUCAAUCGUGAUAUUCCCAAGCUUAGCAUCCUGAUGUAUGAUUAGAAUAACCCAACAUGAGUAACUUUUCCACAUAAUCCAGUUUGAAAUCAUUGGGAAUACACGUACUGCUAUCUCCUAUUUCAUCCCGUUUCAGCCUGUCUGUGUAAAGAUUGUCAUAUUUCUUCACGCAUACUUUGUGCACAAAGUAAGAGCGAGAGAUUCAACUGAUAAAAUUCCCACCACCACAAACAAUCGUCGAGGUAAUACCAUUA